CGCCCCGCCUGGUCUCCGGGCCGCACCUCCGAACCGGUUUCGCCUGGCAGAGCCGGCUGCUUCAGGCGCCCUGGACGCGGUGCUCGCCUCGCGGCUUCUCCCGCGCUGUGGCGGUGCCAGGUGUGGCUUAGCUCGGGUCAGUGCCAUGAUCCGGCAGGAGCUCUCCACAUCCUACCAGGAGCUGAGUGAGGAGUUGGAUCAGGUGGUUGAGAACUCAGAGCGGGCAGACGAGCAAGAAAAGGAGGCAGACGGAGUACAAGGUCCAGGAAUCUUACCAGCCCUGGACAGCGAGUCUGCCUCUAGCAGCAUCCGCUUCAGCAAGGCCUGCCUGAAGAACGUCUUCUCCGUCCUGCUCAUCUUCAUCUACCUGCUGCUCAUGGCAGUGGCUGUCUUCCUGGUCUACCAGACCAUCACAGACUUCCGCGAGAAACUCAAGCACCCUGUCAUGUCGGUGUCUUACAAGGAGGUGGAUCGCUAUGACGCCCCAGGUAUUGCUCUGUACCCCGGUCAGGCCCAGUUGCUCAGCUGUAAGCACCACUACGAGGUCAUCCCGCCCCUGAGGAGCCCUGGCCAGCCUGGGGACAUGAACUGCACCACCCAGAGGAUCAACUACACAGACCCUUUCUCCAACCAGACUCUGAAAUCCGCCCUGAUCGUGCAGGGGCCCCGGGAAGUGAAGAAGCGGGAGCUGGUCUUCCUCCAGUUCCGCCUGAAUGAGAGUAGCGAGGACUUCAGUGCCAUCGAUUACCUCCUCUUCUCGUCUUUCCAGGAGUUCCUGCAAAGCCCAGACAGGGUGGGCUUCAUGCAGUCCUGCGAGAGCGCCUAUUCCAGCUGGAAGUUCUCUGGCGGCUUCCGCACCUGGGUCAAGAUGUCCCUGGUGAAGACCAAGGAGGAGGAUGGGCGGGAAGCAGUGGAGUUCCGGCAGGAGACGAGUGUGGUUAACUACAUUGACCAGAGGCCGGCCGCCGAAAAAAGCGCUCAGUUGUUUUUUGUGGUCUUUGAAUGGAAAGAUCCUUUCAUCCAGAAAGUCCAAGAUAUAAUCACCGCCAAUCCUUGGAACACAAUCGCCCUGCUCUGUGGGGCCUUCUUGGCGUUAUUUAAAGCAGCGGAGUUUGCCAAGCUGAGUGUGAAAUGGAUGAUCAAGAUCAGAAAGAGGUACCUUAAAAAAAGAGGUCAGGCGGCGAACCACAUAAGCUGAAGUGGCCUUGUGUUCGCAGAACUGCUCACAGCAACGGAAGUUCUGGUCACUUCCGCGCGGAGAAACGAGCCGCCGGCAAUCCUGUGCUCACUUGAAACGGGCCUUGCUGGGAGGAACAGCCUGCCAGCCUGCAGCUUCUAACCUGGCCCCAAAAGAGGAUGUUUAAAGCCUGAUGGAACAGAUCCAGUGGGUAACCUAAAACUUAUUUAAGUAUUUAAAUUAUUAAUGAACAGAUGACGAGGGAUUGUGGAAGAUGGAAUUAGAUCUGUAUCAAGUUUUCUGAAGGUUUGUGGAAGUUGCCUUUCUUCUUACUUGGUUUGGUGCACAGUUAAGCUCUAAUGGGGUAAUGAAGGCUCUACUUUUUACUCUAGCUUCCCCUUCUGCCCUAGUUUUCUAAAGUGGACAGAAGAGUGUGAUUUUUUUUUUUCCCCAAAUCCUGACUCUGCAGAUGUACAGGUUAUGCUUUGAAACCUCUGCACCCUGUACCCAAAGGCGAGAACCCCGUCGUCUCUGACGUCAUCUGCCAGUUACAUCAUCUGGCCUCUUGGCAUGCUUUCUCAUUUGUUAAAUAAGAAAUGGGACUUUUUUGUAAAGCUACUAGAAACCAGGAAUACGAUUUCUUGUGGACUGACUAGCCACCUACCUGUCUGGCUAGAAUAUUUGUUGAUGGAGGUGUAAGAGUGCAGAGUCAUUAACAUGCAAAAGCACUGGGACAUAUGUACAUAGGUGCCUACUCAAUGUAUCUUGAUGAUUUUAUUAACAGGUAAAUAAAAGUUAGGUUAAUGCAAAAGGAGUCAGUGUGCCAGUAUGAAUACCUGCUAAAUCAGUAGGCACCGGUACACUUUCAUUCUGUGACCAAAUGGCAGCGUGAGCUCGGACUCCCAAGAUGGAGGGAUCUGGACUCCCGAGGUAGGUCAUGAAUGCGUCCAAGGAAGGGUCGGGGUGGGGUGUGGCGAUGGAUGGCAGGCAGGCAGUCAGGAAGAGUGACAGAGCUAGCUCGUCCUGUCCUGUAAAAGCAGCUGAGAAAGGGGUACUCAGUGUGACCCCCAAAGCCUUCAGCUUAGCUUUUGACAAAGAUGAGUACUGAAGUAUUUUUCACAUCGGCCGAUUUAAGGUUUUGAGAAUUGUCUGCAGAGUUUCAAAUUACUUACAUGCCCCUUUGCUCCAAAGAGGACUUGGUAACACUGGAUUUCAUAACCUGGCUUUAGGUAGUUUAAAGAGGCAUUAUUAAAGGUAAACUUGUGCCAAGAAAUAUUCCCUGGUACUUUGCGAUGCCAGAGAAGCAUGCACAUUCAUGCUAGCCUAGAUCUCGUCUCUGUGCAGUCUUUUUGUGAGGCAAAUGCGAAGCCAGGCAGAGAAGCUUACAUUAACAACGUUGGAAAACGUGUGUGUGUGUGUUCUGUCUCUAAAGGUGACACCACUUUAGUAAUACUUCAAUAUCUAAUAAAAUUAGCUCAAAUAAACACACUAAAACUGCAUUUCCUGUAUUGUGGAAAGUUGAGAGACCUCUUAAAUGCGCUUUAGGAUAAGUAGAUAAUUAGGAAGUAUUUUUAGCUUGCCAAAGAAAAAAACUUUCAUAACUACAGCUGCAGCCUGUCAGAAUCCACUGUGGCUGCUCUUCGGUGAAAGAAACGUGUAAGUCUUCCACUGUGUAGACAUUUAGACCUAGCCUUCACUUUCUGGAAAAGGCAGGGGCUUGCCUUUGACUCUGUGUCCUGUAGUAGGCUCACCCUGGUCUUCCAGGGCUGCCCCCAGCUGUAACACUGGCUGGCCUUGGGUUAGUGUGGCCAAUUCGGCCAGAGCCCCUGGACCUGGAUGGCUGGGGGAAGGUGGCUACUGGAGAUCAUAAACUGUGAGCCAUGCACCCAAAGGAAGAGUUUCUCCUGGGGCCACAGUGAGUGAAAAGGGAUGCUUGUACAGUGACCUAGGAAUAGCACGCAAAACGCUAGACUUCUUCAUGAAUGCAAAGGAGUGGAGAGUUUAUAAUGUCUGAUGUCUGACUCUGCCACCGUUUCCCUGAACCACUCCUCACCCAAAGAAGUAGGAUUUAUUAUAAACUUUGAGAUUUUUAAUUGAAACUGACAUUUAAGGUAAUUUGAGCCUGUUCUCUGAACACAGAAGGACAUGAAGAUGAAAGGCUAGCCUAGAACUUAGAAUUUGAGGCAGACAUUGUAUAAAGAGGCAGCAGACUGCUUCUGGAUGUCUCAGAGCUGGAAAAAGCAAAGACCACAUCGGCAAAAUACAAACAUAGACUUUAUUAAAUGCUGCUCAAUCCCCCAAUGAAGAUCUUUCGUUACAAAACAGUUUUCCACACAACUGCAAGUAAAGAGAUUGGAAUGGUACUCAUAACAAAA